AUGACCCCGGUGCUGUGGAGACUGCUGUGUGUCGCCGGCGUCCUGCUGCAGGGAUCUCCCGGAUCCCUCCUGCAGGCCGGACCCAGGCACAUCCACUCAGCCCGGCCCCUGGACGCCCCCAUGACCCCUCCGGACCCGUCCGGGGUCAACCGGCGCUUGGACGAUUUUGGAUCUACUGAGAAAAUUUCAGACGAGAUCUGGAGCGCAGAGAAUUUUCAGGGGGAGCAACACGAUGAUCACAGCAUCCGAGGCUCGCAGCAGCAGCAGCAGCAGCAAAGAGGGGACCGGGUUGGGGACCGGCCAGGGGACAACCUGCUGCAGGACACACAGAGGAGAGACACUUCAGCUGGUGCUGCUGGCUCCAGGGCUCGCGGCUCUCAGGGCUCUCAUCAGAAGCCGCCACAAAGAAGCCAGCCUAUCACACCACGGCACAAAGCUGAACAAUCGGGCUCCCGGCAGGCCAGUUGGGGCUCAAGCGGCUCAGAAUCAGCCAUCAGAAACAGUACAGCAACAACGUCCAACUGCAAAAACCGGCCAAUAGACCUGGUCUUCAUCAUCGACAGCUCCCGCAGUGUCCGCCCUGCGGAGUUUGAAAAGGCCAAGGAGUUCCUGCAGGACACGGUGGACAGUCUGGCGAUCGGCUCCGACGCCACUCGAGUCGGCCUCGUCAAUUACGCCAGCACAGUGAAGAUCGAGUUCCUCCUCAAGACCUACGUGGAUAAGUCCUCCCUGAAGGAGGCGCUGGCCCGUGUGGAGCCGCUGGCCUCAGGCACCAUGACAGGCUUGGCCAUCAAGACCGCCAUGGAGAGCGCCUUCACCGCCGAGGCGGGGGCCCGAAGCGGCUCGACGAACAUCGCCAAGGUGGCCAUCAUCGUGACGGAUGGACGGCCACAGGACCGGGUGGAGGAUGUGUCGGCGGCGGCACGUGCGUCCGGGAUCGAGAUCUACGCCGUGGGCGUGGACAGGGCCGACCUGUCGUCCCUCCGGCUCAUGGCCAGUCCUCCGCACGACGAGCACGUCUUCUACGUGGAGACCUACGGUGUCAUUGAGAAGCUCACUUCCAAAUUUAGGGAAACCUUGUGUGGUUUGGACCCAUGUGCCCAGGGACACAGUUGUCAGCACAUUUGUGUCAACAGCGGCAUCUCCUACACCUGUCAGUGCCGCCAAGGCUACGUGUUGAACCCGGACAGGAAGACAUGCUCACGCUCUGACCCUUGUGGCUCUGGACACGAUUGCCAACACAUUUGUGUAAACAGUGAAGAAUCGUACACCUGCAAAUGUCGAGUGGGAUAUAUUUUAAAUCCUGACAGGAAAACAUGUUCACGUUCAGGUUUACGUACAUGUGAACAAGGACAUGAAUGCCAGCACAUUUGCAUAAACAGCGAUGAUUCGUACAACUGCAUGUGUCGGGAGGGAUAUGUUUUGAAUCCGGAUAAGAAAACAUGCUCACGUCCAGUCUCUGAUCCGUGCUCCCAGGGACAUGACUGUCAGCACAUUUGUGUCAGCAAAGGGAAAUCUUACACCUGCAAAUGUCAGACGGGAUAUGUGCUGAACGUGGACAAGAAAACUUGCUCACAGGAGAUGAGAGGGGAAAUAACUCAAGAUGCAUGCAUGUGUGAAGCUCAGAUUUUGUUCCAGAAAAAAGUACAGUCAACAAUUCAGGAGCUGAGCAGAAAGCAUAUCCUUUUCCUGGCCCUGCACACAAAUGAUAAUAAGGGUUAA